GAAGAACAUGAAAUGUUUCUGUAGGACCACCAGUGCUGAAAGCUCCUGGAAGUCUUUGCACGCUGGCUACACGGCUCUACUUUUUUAUGAAAACACCUCUGCAGUAUAAGCUGCAACCAGCCAAUGUAAAGGAUGAUAGGAGAGAAGCUGUUAUUGUCCAUAAUAAUAAUGUCUGUGCUGAGUUUGUCGAAUGGACAGCACUUGACAGAGGAGUCCUGCACGGUUCAGAUCCUUGUCCCCGGCCUCAAAGGAGAACCUGGAGAAAAGGGUCAGAAAGGAGCACCGGGGAGACCAGGAAGAGUUGGCCCACCGGGAGAGAUUGGUCAAACUGGAAUUAAAGGUCAGAAAGGCAUAAUGGGACAUUAUGGGAAAAUGGGCCCAAGUGGAAUGAAAGGGGUAAAAGGAGCCAUGGGGGAUCCAGGUACUAAGGGCCCUGAUGGAGAUCCAGGAGUUCCAUAUGAGUGCACACCAAUGAGAAAGAUGAUUGGAGAAAUGGACAUUCUGGUUGCACAGCUCUCCUCUGAACUGAAAUUCAUCAAAAAUGCACUGCCCUCCCCUGCAGCUGUUGCUGGCAUAAAAGAGACGGAGAGUAAAGUCUAUCUGCUGGUCAAAGAGGAGAAACGCUACUCCGACGCCGAGGGCUACUGCCAGACGAGGGGAGGGCACCUGGCCAUGCCCAAGGACGAGGGCGCCAACGCGGUCGUCGCAGACUACAUAACCGAAGCGGGCCUGAGCAGAGUCUACAUUGGCAUCGACGACCUCCGCCGCGAGGGCCUUUUCACCUACGUAGAUCUCUCUGCCAUGACCACUUUCAGCAAAUGGAGGAAGGGGGAGCCCAACAACGCCUACGACGACGAGGACUGUGCUGAGAUGGUGGCCUCCGGGGAGUGGACUGACGUGGCGUGCCACCCCACCAUGUAUUUCGUUUGUGAGUUCGACAAGGAGAACGCCUGAGUUCAGUUUUCUGAUGGCGAAGCAAAGGUUAUAUUGAGAAGUGUAAAUGCUCCCUUUUUACUUUUCCUGAUAAGAUAUUUAUUUUGUUUACUCACUAUAAGUCCAUUCUUUCUAUGAGAAUUUACUCAUUUUAAGUGCACCCUCAAUCUCAUACUAGGUGAUUCAUGUUUCAAACAGAGUUUUUAUGUAAUACAAACUAUCCAAUGAGAAAUAUUAACAAUAGCAAACACGGCCAUCAACAAACAAGGCAAAUAAGCAAAUGUGAACAGAUGCGGUUUAGGCAUAAAAUAUGAAAUUAAAGAUUUUAUUUCCAGUUGUGUGCCGUUAAUCAAAGAUGUAACACAAUAUGCAUUCUACAUCUAUAUUCACAUUAUAAGUUAUGUGCUUGUUGUUGUAAACUCCAAACAAUCAUUGAUCAUUUUAGAAAGAAAGAAAGAAAGAAAAUAAGUCUUAUGCCUUAUUUUCCGCCACUGCUAUGACCACAUUUAUCUGCAGCAGCUGAAUCACACUGAGAUCCAAUAAUAAGGCUGGCUGACUUCAAGUGUGCCAGAAAGUCCCGGCAGCAUGAGCCAGUCCCCGCAGUCCCUGUGGGAAAUAUGUUUUGUGAAAACAGAUGCUCCUGUUUAAAACAUAUCCACAAAUUGUGUACACUGAAAAUGUCUUUGUCUUUGAUUGUUAUUUUUUUGAGGGAUAUUUUUUUGACUGAUUGUUGGAGAUUUCUCUCAAUUAACAUUUCUUUGGGGAAAUGUUUGAAUCCAUCAUAAGCAAUGAAUAAAAUCUGUUAAUGUGCACUA